AUGCCUCCUAUGGUAUAUGACGAAGAUGCAGUCGGAAUAUCUUCCAUGCAGCAGCGUGAUCCGUUUCAAAUAGCCUUUUAUGGCAAACCCCCACCUGGAACCUUCAGUUUCAGUGAGCAACGCAGUUCGACUGAUGGCGAGAUCCCGAUUGUAUCCGACCCGCUGGCCCCCACGUUAUACUGGGAAGAAACCCCGGACUUCUUGCCGCUGUCCUCAAAGUAUAAAGAUAAAUGGGUGCUUGUUAUAGGUGGCAUGGCCCAGGCUCGGGAACAGAUCAAAACACUAGGCUUCGGGAAGGUUCUGAUAUCCUCGGAUCUUGUCAAAGAAUCGGCAAACUUUCACGUUCAGCAAGCAUCAGCGAGCAUUCACAACGCCGUUGGCAUACCAAGGUCUUUUGCCGAACAAUCACAUCCCAUUGCGGCAAUCUUCGUCCUCAACGCGCCUGAAGAUUGGGUUCUCGAUUUGCACAUUCUUCUGGCUUUGCUUUCCCCAGGGGAUGGCAUGGCCGCCGUCGCUGAUCAAAUAAGCCACAAGGCUGCAAACAUUGACAGUAGCCAUGUUCCGGGCCCUGGGUAUCCGGAGAAUCGCCAGGAGUUGACAUACGCAACUUAA